GCUCACAAGUCCUAACUCAGCCAAGGUCGUCACCACCACUGGCCGCCCAUGGCUGCACCUCCAUGGGUUCACCUUCUGCUAGUCCUGGUCGUCUUUGCUGCGUGCGGCGCCAACCCACUUGUUGAAGGCGGCCUGCGUCCAUCUGUAAUCUCUUGCUCAACAGCCGGCAACUAUAGCGAUGGAAGCGAGUACCACAAGAAUCUCUACAACCUCCUGUUGGCGAUCCCCAUGGGCGCCGCCAAUAACGGUGGCUUCUUCAAUGGCACGGUCGGCGCAGAGGUUGAUGAGGUCUUUGGCCUCUUCAUGUGCUACGCCAGCACCGCAGACUCUGCGUGCCUGGACUGCCUUAUCCAUGCGCCCGAGGGAAUCAGGAAGUUGUGCCCGCACAGCCGAACGGUUCGUGCUGUCUAUGGUGCCUGCACCCUCCGGUACUCCAAUGAGUCGUUCUUCUCCGUCGCCGACCUUGCCAUCGUGAACCAUGUGCAACAAAUCCCUGAUGAUGAAGACACUCUUGCAGCAUAUGUCGUCGAUACUGCUGGCAUGAGUCGCACAAGGCUCGAGCUUCUUCGUCGGCUCACGGAGAGGGCCGGGCUAGCGGCUGGGCGGGUUGCUGAGGACAAUCAACGGUUCAACGAUGCACAAUGGAUGUACGGGGUGGCGCAGUGCACAAGGGACCUGCCGGCAAGCGAGUGCACGCGAUGCCUCUCCAACUUCACGGAUCAGCUGCCGCGACUGUUUCCGAACAACAGCAGAGGUGAAAUCAAGGGAUACAGUUGCUACCUGUCUUACUACAUCAUCACCCAAGAGCCUAAGGCUUGGCAGCUAAAGAGGGAGCGGUACAGCGAGAUUUAUGAGAGGAGGAUGGCGGCCGAGGAGUCAGACCGCAGUAAGGAGCGCCAAAAACGACGACGGCGACUGCGACGCAAAGUGGCUAUCAUCGUGGGCCUUGUCCUUGGCGCAGUAGCGCUCGUGCUCUGCUUGAUCGGCUUAUCUGUACGGUACAUGUUGAGCUGGUGGCAAAGGCGCAUGGCUGAGGCCAGAGUCUUCACAAGAUCAGCGGCCAAGGUCUUCACGAGAUCAGCGCUGUUGAGAGAGGUCGCCUACUUCUGCGGCAAAAGAGUAUAUCGAGACGACCUGGAGAAAGGGACUGGGCCCAGGCGAUUCACAUACCAUGAGCUCGCAGCUGCCACCGACUGCUUCUCCAGCGGGAACAAGCUAGGUGAAGGAGGCUUCGGGUCUGUCUUCCGGGGGUUCAUCACCGAUGCAAACCUCCAUAUCGCCGUAAAGAAAGUGUCCAAGAGCUCCCGCCAGGGCUGGAAGGAGUUUGUUUCUGAGGUGAAGAUAAUCAGCCAGCUCCGACAUAGAAAUCUUGUGCAGCUCCUUGGAUGGUUCAACGGUGGCAAUGACGAUGAUCUCCUGCUCGUCUAUGAGCUGAUGCCCAAUGGCAGCCUAGACGCUCACUUGUACAAGCCAGACUACCUGCUGCCAUGGACAGUUAGGUAUGAGGUCGCCCUUGGCCUUGGUUCCGCGCUGAUGUAUCUGCACCAGGAGAUGGAGCAGUGUGUCGUCCACAGGGACAUCAAGCCGAGCAAUAUCAUGCUGGACGCGUCCUUCAAAGCCAAGCUCGGUGACUUUGGGCUAGCAAGGUUUGUGUGCGAUGGCCGGGGCUCGCUCACGACGGGCGCAGCUGGGACGCUCGGGUACAUGGACCCAAGGUGCGUUCUCUCAGGCAUGGCCAGCAUGGAGUCCGACGUUUACAGCUUUGGGGUCGUACUGUUAGAAAUCGCGUGCUGCCGAAGGCCUGCUGUGGUCCGAGGCGACGAGGGAGAUGUCAUCCACCUUGUGCACUGGGUUUGGGAGGCAUACGGCGAAGGGGCCAUCCUCGAGGCAGCGGAUGUGCGGCUCGACGGUAACUUCGUCGAGCAGGAGAUGGAGCGUGUCAUGAUGGUCGGGCUCUGGUGCGGGCACCCUGACCCCAGCCUGAGGCCGUCCAUCAGGCAGGCCGUCAGCGUUCUGCGAUUGGAGACGCCACUACCGAGCCUCCCGGCGAAAAUGCCGGUCCCAGCCUACAUCAGGCCCCCACUGGCAGAUGACUCUUUUGGUUCUCUGGAGAAUACUGGCGGCAUCAGCAACGGGGAUGCCAGCAUGACCCAUUCAUCUCGAAACAAAGUUGAAUAGAUGAUCGCCAAUCUUGGCAUUUAGGUUCGUUACAGAAAAUUUGAAGUACUACUUGUAACUAAUGGAGCUACUUUAUAUAUACAUGUUUGAAGUGAACCACGCUAUUACGAAAUCUGAGGUACUUGAAAAUAAUGUAUGCAACUUGAUCAUGUAGGAAUUUUUUCCAGCAAUCGACCAUGAUGACAUGGUUGUAUUCAUUUUUGUUGGAUUCAGAUGAAAUUCGAUCCGUUAUAUGUGCAGCAA